AUGGGAAGAGAUGAGCGGCAGCUGGGCCUCCAGCUGUGCAUCACUGCUCUGCUGCUCUUUGGUGGAGGAAGAGGGAGAGAGCUCCCUGGCAGCCUGAGCUGCCUGAAUAACUACGUGACUACUGUGAACUGCAUGUGGGCAACGGAGGAGCGCGUGGGCGAUGGACCUUUCCACUUGCAUUUCACCAACCUCUGGUCAAAGGGCCACAACGCCAGCUGCAAACUGACUGCCAGAGAGAGCACACAGAAUGAGUACCACUGCACAAUCCAUUUAGCCAGCCAAAUCUUGGAAACAGAUGGUUAUAGAGUCUCCCUCCAAGGCAACUUCUUUGGACAUAAUCACACGUACAUUACCUUUCCAGAGUACAAUCCCCGCAAGCACAUAAAACUUGAUCCACCUUUGAACAUCCAGAGCAACGUCACCGCCAGCAAGUGUCAGAUAUGGUGGAGUGUGCCUUGGUAUCUCGUUGAAAUUCUUCAAUAUGAGUUGCAGUAUAAGGAGUACAGCAUGUCCUGGGAGAUCGCAUUGAACAAGACACCACCCAGUUCACUGCCACAGAUAGAAAUUGAAGCCACAGAGCUUCGCAGUGGCGUUGCUUACAUUGCACGAGUUCGCUGCAAAGUUUCUGAAAAUGAGGAUUCGUACCAUAGUCAGUGGAGUGAGUGGAGCCAGACAACAGUGUUUCAAAGAGCAGGUGUACCAGAACUGCCUGAAAAGAUCCUAAAUACCAGAACUAUCCAGUUCUUGUUCAUUCCUCUGAGUUUUGGCACACUACUCUAUUUAUUUUGGAAUUGCAGGCUUUCUUCAAGGGCAAAAAGUCUCUCCUGCUUUAACAUUCCCACGCCAGCUGCUUUCUUUCAGCCACUCUAUAAUUUGCACGAUGGGAAUUUUAAGGACUGGGUUGGACCUAAUGAGACAUGUAGCCACCUCAGAAGAGAAGAGGCCAGCAAAUCGAACAAAGUGACUGCAGAUGGAGUUUCUGAUCCAAACACCCAAGAACUGAUUUCCCAGAUCUCCUUGAAACCUAUGGAAAGCACAAAUCUGGAUGCUGCAGAAGAAAACUUUGUAUUUGCCUCAGGUCCAAGCCAGCAGUAUGUCCCCAGCAGGUAUGUAAGAGCAGAAGAGAUAGAAGUGAGGCUCGGACUAUUGCUUGCACAAAACCAUGCUGAUGAUGGACUAUUGCUUGCACAAAACCAUGCUGAUGAUACAGUUGGCCUGAAAAUCUCUGAAAUAAUUAAAGCCAACCUUGAGAGCCCUAGCACGGGAAGGGAUUAUCCCUCUCACUCACAGCAUGGAAAGGGUGACUUCCUUAUGCUUCAGGAACCUUUAGAGAUAGCAAACGUGUCCUUCAACAGUGGUGACUAUUGUACCUUGUGUGACAAUGAUACCACAGGAGGUUUGAUUCCUGCUGAACUGCUGAAGCUCUCCAACGGUAAUAGUCUUGUCAAACAUCAAAAUGAUCAGAGUGACCUUCCCUGA